AUGACGCAAGCUAUCCUUUCUGAAGGUUACGGCUAUGGGUUUGCCCUCGGCAUUGGGGCAGCAUUCGCUUUGCUUAUGGUUAGCAUCUCAAAGAUUCUUUCAAAGUAUAUGGGUCAAGUCCAAAACUCAGAGCGCUUUUCUACAGCAUCUCGUAAUGUUGGUUCGGGGCUGAUUGCAUCGUCGACGGUCUCCGCGUGGACCUGGCCUGCGACUUUGCUGACAUCAGGUACCUGGAGUUAUCUACAUGGCGUGAGCGGCGGAUGGCUUUACGGAGUUGGAGGAACAAUUCAGGUUACACUUUUCGUAUUUCUUGCGCUCCAGAUUAAACUCAAUGCACCUACGGCCCACACAGUCUCGGAAGUAUUCUACGUUCGAUUCGGGAAAUGGGGCCACCUACUAUACUUAUGUUAUUGUGCGGCAACAAACAUUAUUGUUUCGGCCUUGUUGUUACUGGGGGGCUCCCAAGGUUUCUCAGCAGCGACCGGAAUGCAUACCGUGGCCGCAAGUUUCUUGCUACCAUUGAAUGUGAUUGUGUACACUGCUCUCGGUGGCCUUAAGGCGACCUUCAUCUCUGACUGGGUUCACACAGUGAUAAUCUACAUGAUUCUGAUUGUUUCUUCUUACACGAUCUACUGCAACUCAUCCUUGAUUGGUUCUCCCGGUAAGAUGUGGGAUCUUUUGAAGGAGGUACAGCUUCACUUCCCAGCGGCUGGCACAAGCUACUUGUCAUUUAAAGACAAAAAUAUGGUGCUUUUGACGUGGUCUGUUAUGCUUGGUGGACUUUCUUCUGUCUUUGGUGACCCGGGAUAUUCGCAACGUGCAAUUGCGUCCGAUUCCGGAAGUGUUUUCACUGGUUAUAUGUUAGGUGGUAUUUGCUGGUGGGUAAUUCCUUUUGCUCUUGGAUCGUCUGCAGGCUUGGCCUGUAGAGCCCUGCUCCUCAAUCCUGCAUCGGUCACUUAUCCCUUAGCGUUAAGUGAUGACGAAGUCAAUGCAGGAUUACCGGUUAUUUACGGGUUAGCGGCGAUCUUCGGGAAGAGUGGGGCGGCAGCAGGUUUAGUGAUGUUAUUUAUGUCCGUGACAUCUGCAACUUCUGCUGAACUCAUUGCAUUUUCUUCAAUUACCACUUAUGAUGUCUACAGAACUUAUAUCAAUCCAAAUGCCUCAGGUGACAAACUUGUCAGAGCCUCCCAUAUCUCUGUCGUCAUGUUCGGGAUGUUCAUGGCAUGUCUAGCAGUUGUUUUCAAUUACAUUGGCGUAACGGUUGGAUGGCUUUUGAGUUUCUUGGGAAUCGUUCUAAAUCCUGAAGUUUCAUCUGUCACGCUCGCGCUCUUCUGGCCAAAAAUGACGAAGAAGUCGCUCCUUAUUGGUGCUCCUUUGGGAACUGCAACAGGCGUGGCUUGCUGGAUUGGGGCAACUCAUAGAUACGCUGGAGCUGUCAACAAGAAUUCGUUAAUGACCACCGAAGCAACAUUCAUUGGAAAUAUAGUUAGCCUUUUCUCAUCUGCUGUCUACAUUGUGGUCAUUUCGCUGGUCAAGCCUGAGGGUUCCUUCAAUAUGGCAAGUAUAAAGGAUCAAAUAAAGACUGCGGACGACGUUGAUAUUGAAGAAAAACAAGCUAUGAUUGCGAACGAGGAUGAGUCUCAAAUAUUGCGUCGCCACAGUUUUUACAGUCUUUGUAUUAACGUGUUUUUCCUGCUUGGAGUUUAUGUCAUCUUGACUUGCGCGCUAUAUGGCUGGGGUGGGGACCUGAGUAAAGGUUCUUUCUCGGCAUUUAUGAUUGUUAUGCUGAUUUGGUUAUUAUGCGCUGCGCUUUAUAUCAUUGUGUUCCCGUUAUGGCAGGGCCGCAGGUCGAUUAGAACACUUUAUGAUCGCGUUUUGGGAAAGUCAAAAGGCACAGUUAAUCAAACCUUAGAAGGGGAGGAGCCCCUGAGCUUACACCACGAGAACUAUGAAGUGGGUAAAGGCAGUGGAUUCAAGGUAACUGAGACCUCUGUUUGA